GUAGCUAUCUCUGAUCUAAAUUGCAGAGCAUCUCUGUAAUUCUGUAGUUUCUUGUUCCGCUUGCCUUUGCAUGUGUCGUGACUUCCCACCAUAAUCACUAUUACAUUCAUCGCGGUUCGCCUACCGGAGUAGUUAGAGCUUUAAACGAAGCUGUGUCUAUACACACAAUACAGGCUUGCUCCUACGCACCCUCGCACGACAACAGUCCUCUCACCAGGCAUAUCAACAACUAUCCUCAUCCACCCUCUUCAAUCUCUCACACUCCUAUAUCCUAAUCCAAUAAAAAAUGGCAGCCCCUCCAUCCUCAUCCGCACCAACCUCCCCUUCCACUGCGCCAUCCUCUCGUCUUCCUCCUCCGCAAACAUUCGACAUCCUCCCGCCUCUGCACGCACUUUUAUCGCGUCUCGCUCCGCCUACCACCACUACCGCCGCCGCCGCGGCCGGCGAGUAUGCAGACCAGCCGCCCCUCGAACCGCAUCAGUUAGCGGCCGAAGCCUCAGCCAUCAAGAUCCGUAUCCAAAAGGCGCGUGCUGCUGUGCAGUCGUUGCCUGAUAUGUCACGGUCCGUGGAGGAGCAGGAAGCGGAGAUUAGACAGCUGGAGGAGCGAGUACGAAAGCAGAGAGAAGUACUUACUGGCCUGAAGGAAAAGGCAGCUUCUUGAGCAAUGCCGGCCUGCUACUCGGAAGAUUGGAGAAGGGGGCAGGCUAUUUGACCGAUUGGACAAAAAAAAUAAGCAUUGCGAUACAGACGUGCGGGAUUAAUAGGUGGGCUAUAUCUGCGAUUUCCCA